AUACAUAAUACAGAGUUUGAGGUUAUGCGGUGCAGUAGAAUUUGUUACUAAUUUGUAUUCCUACAUAAUUUUGUUCUCAUGAUUAGUUGAAAGAAAUAUUAAUUUUCUGCAUCCGCCCUCCAAAGGUUUGAUAAGAAAAAAAAAUGUGGGUUCUACAGAAUUGUAUAGCAACUCUUGCUCGGCUUGGGAAUGUAUCUGCAUGCUAUCAGUGUUGUCGCAGUGGUCUGCAGCUAGGUCCAGCCAGUGUCGCUCUGCAGAGAAUAAACUUCCACACGAGCGAGCAACAGUUGAGACAGUCACUAUUCCCGGAACCAAAAAAGUGGCCUACUUAUAAUGAAAAAGUCUUCCCUCCUCAACAGCCCGAUGAAGAGAGGAGACCUGCUUAUGUUUGUCACAUGAAGCUAAACAUCCAUCACAGCCCGAAGAAGAUGUGGUAUGUGGCAAUAUUAGUAAGAGGGAUGUCAGUUGAUGAAGCAGUAAAACAGCUCAGUUUUGUGCCAAAGAAAGGGGCUGUUCAUGUUAAGGAAACCAUCCUGGAAGCUCAAAGACUAGCUGUUGAAGAGCACAAUGUCGAGUUCAAAAGUAACUUAUGGGUUGCGGAGUCAUUUGUCGGGAAGGGUUUGACUGUGAAAGGACUUCGUCGCCAUGCUAGGAUGAGACCUGGCAGAAUAGACUAUCGCUAUUGCCAUUACUUCGUACGUCUGGAGGAGGGGCCUCCACCCAAGCAGUACUACUGGUCUGAAGAUCGAUCAGGCGAGGGAUUGCUUAAGAAAUGGCUCCAGGAAAAGCGUGAUAGGGCAAUACUUAACACGCUUUAAAGGUAUCAACUCGAUUACUUCUGUAAUAUUUUGUAUCAAAUGAUUAGUUUAUUAUUCAGUAAAAUAUCUUAGAUAUUUUUA